AUGCAACUAUUUGACGGGUCAGCUUGUAUUGGUAUUGAUGGUUGGGGGCCGACUUCUAAAUCUUCUCAUCCAGAAGAAGAACUAGAUGAUCCCGAAUUGAAUGAAGAUGAUGAUAGCCAACAACUAAAGAAUUCCUCUCGUGCAUCACAAGAAACAAUAGUUCCAACACAAGAAUGUUCCUUAGGCUCUCAACAUAAAAGUAAAAAAAGAAAAGAUCGAACAAACACUCACAACAUUAUGACUGUUGCGGAUGAUAUAUUCAACAUUACUAACAUAAUGAUUGAAAAAACCAAAAGAGAUCAUAUGAGUGCUUGCAUUGAGAAGUUGGAGAAAGUUGUAAGCGAUACACAAGACCCGAUGUAUCAGACUGCACUUUUGCUAUUUGGUGAAAGUUUUGAUUUGAGGAAAUUUGGGUCCAGAAUGAGGUCCAAGCAGAUCAGGGUCCAGAAUGAGGUCCAAGCAGAUCAGACAAAAACACCAACAACAGUACCAUCAACGGUAUCCACAGAGAGAACAAACGACCCUCCUUCCCCUAAUUAUCUCGCAAACUUAGGCCUCGGUUAUUCAAUCGUCAUCGCCCUUGGAUUCCUUGCCCUCCUCUCCACCGUCCUCCUAGCCUCCUACAUCUGUUGCCGCUCCUCCACUCCCAACACCACCGCCUCUCCCGACUCCGAUGGAAUCACUCUCCCCAGGAUCAUUUUCGUCGCCGAAGACGAGGACAACGGGAACGCCGUCGUGGGGCUCGACCAGGCCGUUAUAAAUUCUUACCCCAAGUUCCAGUUCGGUAAAGAUCAACCGUCCGCCGCUGGCCCCGGUGAGGUUAACACGACGUGUUCGAUUUGCUUGAGCGAGUAUAGAGAUUCGGAGACGUUGAGGAUGAUGCCCGAGUGUAGGCAUUAUUUCCAUGUUCCCUGUGUCGACGCUUGGUUGAAACUUAAUGGGUCUUGCCCCGUCUGUCGGAACUCCCCGCUCCCGACUCCGCUUUCUACACCUUUGCCGGAAGUCGUUCCUUUGUCCCAGUAUGCUGCCGAUCACAGGACCCGAGUAUAA